GACAAAACUGGUGGUAAAACCCUAGGCAGAGCAGCAGCCGAGAAUAGGAACCUGCUGACUUGCAGUGCAAAAGCCUAUAGCUUGAAGACGCAAUCAUGAAGGCGUUUGAGGUCAAUGGGAACACUCUCUCUCUUGCUCUCUUCACUGAAGUCACCAACUCCAAGGAGCUGCUUGAUUCUAUGCAAUCUGGGACACUAGACCCCGAAGUCGCGUUCCUGAAUGCUUCACUGAUACCAGAUGUUUUUCCUUUGCUUGCAGCUGCACAUAAGACACUUGUAGCCAAGUCCCGAGAGUCGUUGACAACGCGCACUCUUCAUUCUGAGCUUGUUUACAAUUACUCAGGAUCCAAGCAUAUCACAGAAUCGUUGAAAAGAUGUGGCAUCUCUGAAAGCUCGACUUAUAUGCUUGCUGCUCGUUUUAAUGCUUCUUCUGAUGAGAUUGAACAGAAAGCAGUAGAGAAACUAAUCAAUGGAAAAGAGAUUGACUUGGAGGAGUUGGGAGGUAGAGCAGACCAAGCCCAAAUACAAAAGCACUAUAAAAUAACUAGCGUGGAACUAGGGAUAUCUUCUCUUGCUGAUGCCAUUACUUGCCGGAUUGCCUCUCGUGAUGCUCUGUGAGAAGAAUGUGGUUCGUGUUCUGGGAAUUCAGAGCUUCAUUUGAAGGUGGCCAAGGAAACAGAAAACCUGUGGCUUACUAUUCUUGUUUUAGCAAGUUCAACUGUCCGGUGUAAUAGGUAAGUAUACUUGUAGGCAAAGCUGAAAUUUGGAAAACGUGAUUAUGCUACCUAUACCCAGCAAUGAACCAAUGACAAAAUUUGCUUGAAAUUGUGGUACUAGUUUAGUUGUGAGAUUGCUUGUAUGAGAAAAAUUCAAUUGUUGAUCGUUAUUGGUUUCUUGGACA